GCAUAUAAAUAAAUGAUGAAGCAACCACCAGGCAGCAACCAACUACUACUACCAUAUGCAAGUGCAACAAACAACACACGAACAACUGGUCUUCUUCCCUCCCUGCCUGAACCUACACCUCCACCUAGCAGCAGCGAAGAAGAAAGUUGCAGUGCUCCGAUCUCAAGCAACAAAGUCCUUGCCGGAAUGGUCUUUCAGAGUGGCAGUGUUCUCUUCCGGCCAGCGGUGCCUGCAACAACGAAUCGCUCCGGGGCGGUCACGACCUGUUCCUCUCGCAAAUUCACCUUUCGCACUUCGACCCAAGCUAGUCUCUCUUCUGGGCGUAGAGGCAGGGGAUGCAAAGCUUCGGCGAUGCGCGUUUGGGCUUUGGAUCGUAACGCCGGCGACAUGAAAGCGGGGUCGGUUCCGAACUCAAAUUAUGUGGUGCCACUGGACAAGUCCUCCUGUAUCACCCGCCCUCUCGCCGAGAUCCUCCGAGACCUCAACAAGAGGAUACCUGAUAACAUCAUUAAAACUGACGAUGCUUCCGCCACUUUCUUCCCCUGGUACCAUGCCAACCGCAUGUUGAGUUUCUACGCCCCAGGUUGGUGUGGAGAAAUACGCGAUGUGAUAUUCUCUGAGAAUGGAAGUGUGACUGUUGUAUACCGUGUCACUAUAAGAGGUUCUGAUGGGGAGGCAUACCGUGAAUCCACGGGGACAGUAUCACCUGGAAACAAUCAUAAUAAUUUAGAUGCUGUUGCCGCUGCAGAGGAGAUAGCGUUUUGCAAAGCAUGUGCUCGGUUUGGCCUUGGCUUGUAUCUGUAUCACGAUGAAUAGAUGAUGAUGAUGAUGAUGCCGACGGCAGACGACAAAAGGGGUUGUGCGGUGUAUUAAGAAAGAGACACCAAUGCCACGAUAAGAAUUUGAAGCGAAGACACCCACCCUUUUGUAAUUGUGCAUUAACCUAGCUAAUGGACUUUCUUCAAAUGCACUAGUACCUUUUCUUGUCUGCAGCAUUUCUGUUAUUGUGAGUUUCUCAAGUGGGCCAAAAAAUUCGAACCAUUUAGCAAUGAAGGGGUUUGACAAAGGGUGGAUAUGGAUACGAAGAAACGAGUAAAUGGGUCGCUCGUGUUUGUGUUUUUGUUGACCCACAAAACUCACUACUUCGUCGUUUACUAUAUGGAAGUAGGCCCUCCUAAAUGAAUUUUAGUAAGUUCUAAAUUAAUAGAUUUAUAUUUGAAUUGUUUAUGUUUCUUA